UUCCAUUCCGUUAUUUACGGGUUCUUCCAUCCACAAAAAGAGAGUAUUAGAUCUUUUGUGUUUGCCUAUUUUUCUCUCGUCCAAUCAAACAAUAGAUGUAGCUCAUCAUCUCCCACCAAACUUUUCUCUCUCUAGGGUUUGAUUAUCAACAUUGCCAUCGAUUCCAGCUCACACUUCAACCAAAUUCCUGGCUCUCCGAUUCAUACACUCCCAUAUCUGUAUAUCUGUAUAUGCAUUUCAUAUGCACAACGCUUAGCUCCUCUUGAUUCAUUUCCUUGUCUUCAUUGUAAGGUUCUCUCUUCUACUCUAUCUAUUACUUGUAAGUUUUGACUUUGGUGGGAAUGGAGUUCUAGCGCAUAUUUGUGGGAAUUCUCGUGUACAUUGUGAUAAUAGUUGAUGCUAGUUUAUAGUGUGCGUGGAGUCUUUCCAAUUGUUCGUAGAUCAGUGAUUGCAAUACACUGAAAGAGUGAUGGAUCUUAAUGUUUUACAGUUCCUGUGUCUGGAUUGUCGGAGUCUGUGAUUGAAGUGAAGCUUUAGAUAAUGUUGAUAGAUAGAGGGGUGAAAUGAGUGGGGCAGAGGUUACUAUGACAAAGCAAAAGCCCACGCCUGUUGCAGUGCCGCUGGGGACUCUGAUUGGCCGUGAGCUCCGGAAUGAGAGUAAAAUGGAGCAGCCCACAGUGAAGUAUGGACAGGCCGCUCUGGCUAAGAAAGGGGAAGACUAUUUUCUUAUCAAGCCAGACUGCCAGAGGGUUUCAGGCAGUUCAUUGACCCCGUUUUCAGUUUUUGGGAUCUUUGAUGGACACAAUGGUAUAUCAGCUGCUAUAUUUGCAAAAGAGAAUCUCCUUAACAAUGUUUUGAGUGCUAUUCCCCAAGGUCUUAGUAGGGAACAGUGGCUUCAAGCGCUCCCUCGAGCACUAGUUGCUGGUUUUGUGAAAACUGAUAUAGAGUUUCAGCAGAAAGGUGAAACAUCAGGCACAACUGUUACUUUUGUUGUGAUUGACGAGUGGACUGUUACAGUUGCAUCUGUUGGAGAUUCCCGAUGCAUACUGGACACCCAGGGAGGGGUUGUUUCUCUGUUAACAGUUGACCAUAGAUUGGAAGAAAAUGUGGAAGAACGGGAACGUGUGACUGCAAGUGGUGGUGAAGUGGGAAGGCUCAAUGUCUUUGGUGGUAAUGAGGUUGGCCCACUCCGUUGCUGGCCCGGUGGUUUGUGCCUUUCAAGGUCAAUUGGUGAUACAGAUGUAGGAGAGUUUAUUGUCCCUAUACCUCAUGUGAAGCAAGUGAAGCUCUCCAGUGCUGGCGGACGGCUUAUAAUUGCCUCAGAUGGUAUAUGGGAUGCUUUAUCAUCUGAUAUGGCUGCACAGUCUUGCCGAGGUUUACCUGCAGAACUUGCUGCAAGACUGGUCGUUAAGGAGGCUCUAAGGACUCGGGGCUUGAAGGAUGAUACAACUUGCUUGGUUGUUGAUAUUAUUCCAAAUGACUGUCCUGUCCUACCGCCGAUACCUGUGAAGAAGCAAAGUCUGAUGAGUUCUCUCAUAUUUCGGAGAAAACCACAUGAUUCCAGAUCCAAAAAACUCUCUACUGUUGGAGUUGUGGAGGAAUUGUUUGAGGAGGGUUCUGCAGUGCUUGCAGAGAGGCUGGGGAAGGAUGUUUCUCUGGACUCAAACUCCGGUCUCUUCAGAUGUGCUGUUUGCCAAGCAGAUCAGCCACCAAACGAGGGCUUAUCUGUGAAUUCGAGUACCUUGUUCUCUCCUGCACCAAAACCUUGGGAAGGCCCAUUCUUAUGUGCAAAUUGUCGCAGGAAGAAAGAUGCAAUGGAGGGGAAAAGGCUGAGCAGACCUGAAGUUACGGCAUAAUACCUUAACAUAGAUGCACUGAUAUAUAUUUUAUUUUUUUGCCUGGCGUUUAAUCAAGCUUGGUUCUCAUCCGUGGUAGAUACCUGUUAUAGAUAGAUCGUGUAAGAAAUGUAACGAGUUCUUAGAUGUUUGGUGAGCUGUCAAAGUUAUUUUCCUUUUUUUUAUUUAAUUAAUUGUGUGAACUGACUACGAGCAGAAGCGGAUAUAUCAUGAUUGAUAACACUUCCAAUAUGUAAGUAAUGAAAAGGUGUGAAACUAUUUUAAACUUUUGUCUAGUAUUUUUUUCUCCCUCGAUUUUUAAUGUUUUUAACGGG